UUGAAAGAGUGCAUUUAAAGAAACAGCCCUACAGAUGUGUGAGCAUUGUGACAGAUGCUUCUCUCAGGGCGAUGCAUUAAAAAGGCAUAUUGGAGCAGUGCAUUUAAAGAAACAGCCCCACAGAUGUGAGCAUUGUGACAGAUGCUUCUCUCAGAGCGGUGCAUUAAAAAGGCAUAUUGCAGCAGUGCAUUUAAAGCAGCGAGAUCACAAAUGCGAAUACUGUGGAAAAUCUUUCUCUGUAAAGUCUCACCUUCGGACACACGUAGACGUUGUUCACCUGAGGAAACAGCCCCACAGAUGCGAGCAUUGUGAAAGACGCUUCUCUCACAGGUUUUUAUUAAGAAGACACAUUGAAGCAGUGCACCUAACAAUAAAUGAGACGACUAAACGGGCGGAAAUAGUCCAAAGAUCUAACAUGAGGUUUUGGUGA